AUGAAAUUCCUAUCUCUGUUCCUGUGGUUGACGGCCACCGCAACGUUGCCGACGAGCUUGCUGGUUUCCAGGUCGGCGUCCAUCGGUGCAGCUGCUGCAAGCCCCGUAGUGAUCUCCCCUGGAAUGACAAAUCUAGGCAAUACUUGCUACUUGAACUCGCAGCUAGAAUGUGCUUUUCAUAUACCUCUGAUCAGGUCUUUGAUUGAGUCACCACCCUUGACUUUUGUUACCAAAGAUACCCACAAUCAACAACAAGACGAGGAAGCAAUCCCAAUCACCGAGCCCACAGAAGAAGCUUCAGAGGCUUCGGGUGAAUACGAUACAGAAGACACCCAGCCCAGUUUAGAAUCUACAGAAGAGGACCCAGCAGAAUCUGGUGUAUCAGUAGAAGCUACAGAAGAAAGCUCAGUUACAGAUGAUGCAGCCACUGGUUCUGCUUCAGCAGCUAUAGAAGAAGAAACACCAUCAGAAGUGGCACCAGUCGAUGAGAUAGCUGAGGGCCAAGCCGAAGAUGACAGUGGAGCCCAAUCAACAACAGAAGAAGAAGUAUCAGCAGAAGAAGAAGAAGAAUCACUGGCCAUUCAAGCUCUUCGAAAAGUUUUUCAAGAUAUGGCAGCAUCCUCCACUCCGAUAGCACCGCGCAUUCUUUGUCAAGUAUUGGGCAUUCCCGUCUUUGAGCAGCAGGAUUCACAAGAGUUUUGGAAAUUACUUUUGCCAGCUUUGCAGUGCCCCGAUCUUAUCGACUUGUAUCAAGGAUCCUUUGAAGCCUAUAUCAAAGCAAAUGAUGGAUCCAACCGGGAACGAACAAGGGAAGAACCAUUUUUGGACUUGUCACUAGACAUUUCAGAAGACUCCAUCUUGGACAGCCUGCAUGAAGACUUUGGUGAGCCAGAGUUGCUCAGUGUAAAGGAGGGCAAUGGAUGGCGCCCCGAGAAAGGAGCUGAGAAAGUAGAUGCAUUAAAAGGGUCCCUGCUGCGAGUCCAGGGGCUCCCCUCCAUUCUUCAAAUGCACUUGAAGCGUUUCAACUAUGAUUGGCAGACAGAUCAAAUGGACAAAGUCAACAAAAAGUGCACGUUCCCGGAAUCUCUAGAUCUGACCUCGCUUUGCGCGGAUAUUCAAGACGAGGAGAAGCCUGCUGCUAUCUAUUCUCUCCAGUCCGUGGUGGUCCAUGCUGGAGAAUACGGAUCGGGUCAUUACUAUUCCUAUGUAAGACCAGACAUUCAAAGUGAUGAUUGGUAUCGAUUUAACGAUCAUGUGGUUACAAAGGUCUCCUUUGACGAGGUCAUUGCCGAUGCCUAUGGAGGACGUCGCAGUAAAGCUCCAUCGUCAAUACAGAAAAAACGCAAUGGACCACGGCAAAUGCUUUGUCGACUGAGGAAGGCUUUGAUGCCUUCCAAGGCACCCUUUGGGUUUGGAGGACGGACGAGCAAUGCGCUCUCCAACGAGUUGUUGCUCAUGCCUGCCUGCCUUUGA